AUGAGUCUUGGCGGUAGGGGGACCUUCUAUCCUUGGCAAGCCGCGCUUUAAUUCUAGCCACACGGCGAGACUCCAGCAGAGAUACACACACGGUGGACACUGUUACGGAUUUAUUUCUGUUUUUUUGUCCAGGAACUACGUCUUCUUGAUCUGAGUCGACACUCUGCAGUGAAGCACAUUUCCUGAACAGGGGAGGAGAACGAUGACGUGAAAGGGGGAAGAAUGUACAAAAGCAUAAAGUAACAUAGUCGUAGAGUGCUGCAGCAGGACCUGUGCUCACACUUGAGGGGUGUGUGAGAGGGUGUCUGUGUUGUCAGGAUGACUAUGAAAGGCUUGUCCUCAAGCCGGAGCCACCACCACACUCUGGCUCACUGUGACCCCUCCUACGACUCUCUGACCCUGCGUCCAGACCGCCGCACUUUUCUCCUUGACCCGCCUGACGGCCACCCUGCCGACCACUCCUUCUACUCCAUAUGCCCGGCUGACCCCCCAGCCAGCAGCACCUUUCCCCGUCGGCAGUAUGCCUCGCACCACCAGCUGAAGGAGGAGUGUGUGGCGGUAGUGCCCUACACGGGACCCCCCUCCUGUGGUCCCCCAGCUGUCCCUGCCACCCUAGUUGAGCAGUUUGAGCGGCAGAGGCCACCUAGACGUGAUGGCUACCACACACUGCAGUACAAGCGUACGGCUGCUCUGGAGCACCAGCGCAGCGACAGCCCUGGCCGCAUUCGUCACCUUGUCCACUCUGUCCAGAAACUCUUUACCAAGUCCCACUCGCUGGAGGGCCCCAGUCAGCGCAGCCUGAAUGGCAGUGACCCUGCCGAGCCCAUGCCCACGGCCUCUGCCUCGCACCCCAACGUGGCUACCCUGCACCGGCCGCACGGCCAGGCCAAGCGCCCCAAGAGCAAAGAGAGGAGCCGUUCAGAGCCCAAGCCUCAUCCACGCUCGCCUGUCUCCGGCUACUGGAGCUCGGAUGACACCCUAGACCGUGACAUCUGCCUUUACCGCCGCCACCACCACCAUCACCAGCACCACCAGCAACCCUCUGGUGUCAUGACUAUGGGCCGGCAUCCGGACAAGUCGCAAUCACACUAUUUCCUAGAGCACGCCUACAAUACACUUGGCGGAGGCAGGUCGUCCCUGAAGACUUCUAGAAGCAAUAACGACGUAGGCAAGUGUGCUGCCUGCUCUGGGCCACCAGGUGCUGUGGUGGCACUGCCUAGCCCACUGGGGGCGGAACAGGCAGGGCCGCUUGUAAAGAAAAGCUCCUGGUCAAGCACGCUGACAGUCAGCAGGGCACGGGAGGUCUACCAGAAGGGGGCGGUCAGUGUCGAUAAAGCGCUAGUUAAAGCACAGACCUGCCAGCAGGGACGCACCUGCCAGUUCUUACAGGUACCUCAGGAUGAGUGGAGUGGCUUCUCUGCUCUGGGUCGGGAUGAUGAAAUCCCGUGCAGGCGGAUGCGCAGCGGCAGCUACAUGAAGGCUAUGGCGGAGGAUGACAGCGGAGAUUCAGACUGCAGCCCCAAGCCCUCACCCAAGGCCCAAGCACGGAGAGCUAGCUAUCUGAAGGCCACACAGCCAUCACUCACAGAGAUGACCACGCUGAAGAUCAGUACGGAGUCCCAUUCGCCCAAGCUGCAGAUCCGGAGCCACAGUUACCUGCGAGCAGUGAGUGAGGUGUCCAUCAACCGCAGUUUGGACAGCCUGGACCCGGAGGGCCUGCUGUCCUCACCCAAAUUUCGCUCCAGAAAUGAGAGCUACAUGCGGGCCAUGAGCACCAUCAGCCAGGUGAGUGAAGUAGAGGUAAAUGGGCAGAUCGAAGCAGUAUGUGAGAGUGUGUUCAGCGAGAUGGAGUCUCAGGCUGUUGAUGCUCUGGAUUUACCGGUUUCUGGGUGCUUCCGGAUGCGCAGCCACAGCUACGUACGUGCCAUCGAGAAAGGCUGCUCUCAAGACGAUGAAGAAGAGGAGAGAACAGCACUCCGGGCUAUUUCACCCCCUCGCACCACCACUACUGUCAGAACUAUACAAAGUAGCACAGUAUCAUCAUGCAUCACCACCUACAAGAAGACCCCGCCCCCAGUCCCACCAAGAUCGACACCCACCCGGCCAUACAUUUCCAUCACAGCUCAGAGCAGCACAGAGUCAGCACAGGAUGCCUACAGUGAGCUGAGUGGCAGCCCGGCAAACCGUGCCCUGGCCACGGCACAGUCCGGCCUCAGCAACUCCACAGAGAGUAUUGAUAGCAUGAAGGCUCUGACAGCAGCCAUCGAAGCAGCUAAUGCCCAAGUCCACGGACCUGCCAGCCAGCAUGUGACUAACAGUACCAUCACCAUCACCACAGCAACCACCACUAACGUCACCCACAUAUCUCAGGAUGGCAAGAGAGAUGCGCUGAGGAAAUGUCUGUCUAUAGGCAUACAGGUGGAUGGUCCCGAGGACACGGCUGGGUCAGAAGAACACGGCAAGUUUCAGUCAGUGGGAAUUCAAGUAGAGGAGGAGCGAUGCUAUCGCAGAGUCACCCGCUCCAACAGUGUCACCACAGCCGUGCAAGCUGACCUGGACCUUGCAGAGGGUUUAAGGAGUGACCUAGCCGAUUACACCCCAGGCCAGCUCUCCAGCCACGGCUCCACCGUACGGCAGUCGUCCAGGGACGCAGCCACUUCCACCGUCAGUAUCCAGGGCUCAGGGAACCACUAUCAUGCCUGUGCCCAGGACGACUAUGCGGAGGUGGGCUUUGACCCAUCCAUCUUGCCCCCACCAGACCCAUGGAUGGACGCAGGUGUGGAUGAGGAGAGCAGCGGAGGUGGGGCUGGCUCUGUGUGUCCACGCAAUGGACGCUGGUUCCUCAAGCUACUGCAGGCCGAAGUGGAGAGGAUGGAGGGAUGGUGCCAGCAGAUGGAACGUGAUGAGCAUGAAAAUGAGCUGCCAGAUGAGAUACUGGAAAAGAUUCGGAGUGCAGUAGGUAGUGCUCAGCUGCUGAUGUCGCAGAAGUUCCAGCAGUUCCGGGAGCUAUGCGAGGAGAACCUGAACCCCAAUGCCCACCCACGACCUGUGUCACAGGACCUUGCAGGAUUCUGGGAUAUGUUGCAGUUGUCUAUUGAAAACAUCAGUUUGAAAUUUGAUGAACUGCACCAGCUCAAAGCCAACAACUGGAAAUGCUUGGAACCAUCUAAGCAAAAGGAGAGGCGAGUACCUCCACCAGUGCCGAAGAAGCCAGGAAAAGGUGCAGCACUGCUGGUGAGGGAUCGCUCUUUGGAGGGCUCACAAAGACUAGAGGCGCGAAAACGACUGCAAGCAGCUAAACGUGCUGCUGCUACACUACGCCAGAGCUCUGCCACAGAGUGUACAGACAGCAUCGAAAUCUAUAUACCAGAAGCCCAGACACGAUUAUAAACACGUAUACGGAUGCAAACCCCACAUACGCAGUUUAAGUAAAGAUAACUUACAUACUACACACUUCAGGAAAUUCAGAGACCUGCAUAUGGCCAUGUAGCUUCCACACACACAACCUCACCACAAACAAAUGGUCUGAAUGACAAUGACUAAGGCAGGGUAGUUGUAAUAUAAUCACUGCUUCAUUUUCCUCUGUAAAAGCACUUAAAAGUAUAUAUACACUAAGAGGUUAUACACAGUAGAAAUCUCUGAGUUUCUGACUUCUUUUAAUUCCUUCUUUUUUUAUUUCCCAGAUUUAGCCAGUUUAGAUGUAGCUUCAUUGUUAUCCUCCCGAAAGAUUGUUUUAAAAAAUUAAUAGCAGCCAUUCUUUACUAUUAAAUUGUAUAAGGCUAUAUAAUAAUUUGUAUCAUAAAACAUAACCCAAGUUUCACUGUUGCCACAGUGUUUAAAGAGCAACAGUAAUCAAAGGCUUUGUCACAUAUGUGUAGCACUCAAAUGGCUGUGUGUGCUCUCAUGUGUCAUCUUGUCCCCUGGGACUGGGUGAAACUUUUUUGUGUCAUUAUCAAGGGAACAAUUGGAAGAACCACAUGUCCCUUCAGCUUCUCAUCUGCCCUCUUUUCUUUUUCUUUCUUUCUAAGCCUCCUUUCUUUCACAAGAUUCCCUUCUACUGAAAUGUGUGUAAUGUGUUUUCUCUGUUUAGCAUCUGUUGCUUCUUCACCCUUCUACAUCCAGUUUUCUCCUUUUAUCACUCUCUCAUUUCACUGUGCUACUUUAUAUACAGUGUAGCUACUGUUGCUAGGUUGGACAAGUUUUACAGAACGUUAGCAAAAAUCUCAUUCAACCUGGUGGGAAAUUGUAGCGCGCUUUAUUUAGGUUCACACACAAUGUUCAGUUUCCAGUUUAAAAUACUACACUAAGGAACUGUCGAAAUAUGUAAAUGUGCAAUAUUCAUUUCAAAUUAUUUUUUUUUAUUUUGAAUGCCUCUGAAAGAUCACGCUGUAAGCAUAGGUUUAGUUCCUUGUUGAUCGAGCCAAACACCUGUAGGUGGUGUUAGUGUGGUGGCAAAUUUGUCAGUGUUGUUUUCAACCUGCCUAGUUUCGUUUAGCUACAUUACAGACCAAUUCAUUGUAGCAUUUUAAACUGUAAACUCAACAUUUUGUUACAACACUAAAUUAAGUGCAGUACAAUUUCUCUUUAGGUUGAACUGUUUUUUUGCCAAUGUGUUGUAAAGCUUGGCCAACCAUCCAACAGUUGCUAUGGAAAAAUGAAAAAAAAAGAAUGGAUGUCUGUUCUGCUCUCCUCUUUGACUGAGACUGAACUAUAGCCUAGCUGACAUGAACAUGACACACAUGCACUUACAAAGCCUGUAUCAACCAUGAGUGUUUUGGUCUGGGAUAGUAUUUUUACUUGAAAAUGCAUCACAAUGCACCUUCUCACCAUUAUUACAUUCAUUGCAUCCCAUUGAGUCAUGAAAUAACACAGUCAGUAUUCAAUGCAUCAUUAAACUUUAAAGGCUAUUUUAAAUUCAUUCUUACAGUAUUGCUAACAUAACCUGUCCCUCUGAGCGUACAUAUGUUUAUAUAAUAGAUAAAGUCUAUAAUAUUAAUAUUUUUUAUAAUUAGAGCUUUGAUGAAAAUGUUUAGGUCACUCUGACUCACAAGGUUACAGAGAAGGAGAAGUCAAGAAAUUGAACUAAGAAGAAUUGCUUGGUAACAUUUCUUUUUGUUUUCUUUGUUUUUGAACAGUUACAAAUUAUUCUGAUUCAGUAAGAUGAAAAUUGUAUUUAAGAUGACAAAUGUUUCAAGUCACAGAUGUUGUGACUUACUAGCUUGUGUAUCGCUGCCUUUUAUAGUAGCUAUAUCUACAUAUACAGUUGAAGUCAUAAGUUAACAUACACCUUAGCCCCAUUUAUUUAAACUCAAAUGUUUUUUACAAUUCCUGGAUUUAAUCCUAGUACACAUUCCCUCUCUUAUGUUAGUUAGUGUCACUAAUAUGUGCAGUGUCAGAUGAGUACUAGAGACAGUGAUUUUUUUUCAGCUUUUAUUUCUUUGAUCACAUUAUCAGUGGCUCAGAAGUUUACAUACAUGUGGUUAGUAUUUGGUAGCAUUGCCUUUCAAUUGUUUUGAGUUAAAUGUUUCAGGUACCCUUCCACAAGCUGCUAACAAUAAGUUGCUGGAAUAGUUACUCAUUCCUCUUGACAAAACUGGUGUAACUGAUCAGGUUUGUAGGCCUCCUUGCUCGCACAUGUUUUUUCAGUUCUUCCCAUAAAAUUUCUAAGGGAUUGAGUUCAGGGCUUUGUGACGGCCACUCUGUUUCCUUCACUUUAUUGUCCUUAAGCCAUUUUGCCACAACUUUGGAAGUAUGCCUAGGUUCUUUGUCUAUUUGGAAGACCCAUUUGCGCACAAGCUUUAACUUUCUUGCUGAUGUCUGGAGAUGUUGUUUCAAUAUCUCCACAUAAUUGUCUUUCCUCAUAAUGCCAACUAUUUUGUAAAGUGCACCAGUCCCUCCUGCAGCAAAGCACCCCCACAAAAUGAUGCUGCCACCCCCAUGCUUCACAGUUGGAAUAGUGUUCUUUGGCUUGCAAACUUCUGCCUUUUUCCUCCACACAUAAUGAUGGUCAGUAUGGCCAAAUAUUUUUGUUUCAUCAGCCCAGAGGACCUUUCUCCAAAUAGUACGAUCUUUGUCUUUGUUUAUGGUGGUUUUAGAGCAAUGGUUCCUUCCUUGCUGAGUGGCCUUUCAGGUCAUGUCAAUACAUGACACGUUUUACUGUUGUUAUAGUUACUUUUGUACCUGUUUCCUCCAGCAUCUUUACAAGGUUGUUUGCUGUUCUUUGAUUAAUAUGUAUUUUUCUCACCAAAGUACAUUCAUUUGUAGGAGAUAGAACACGUCUCCUUCUUGAACAGUAUGAUGGUUGUGUGGUCCCAUGGUGUUUAAACUUGCAUUUCAUCGUUCCGACAGAUGAACGUGGUACCUUCAAGGGUUUGGAAAUUGCUCCCAAGGAUGUACCACACUUGUGGAGGUCCACAAUUCUUUUUUGAUGUCUUGGCUGAUCUCUUUUUUUUCCCAUGAUGUCAAGCAAAGAGACAAAAAGGCCUUGAAGGUAGGCCUUAAAAUACUGCCACAGGUACCUCUCAGACUAACUUAAAAUUAUGUCAGUUAGCUUAUCAGAAGCUACUAAAAGCAUGACGUCAUUUUCUGGAAUUUUACAAGCUAUUUAAAGGCUCAGUCAACUUGGUGUAUGUAAACCUUUGACCCACUGGAAUUUUCAUGUAGUGAACUAUAAGUGAAAUAAUCUGUUGUUAAAUUGUUUGAGUUUUAAUGACUUUAACUUAAGUAUAUGCAAAUUUAUGACUUCAGCUAUAGAGCAAUUUUAUCUGUUAUUCAAUGCUUAACAUUGUGAUCAUUAGGAUGUUGAAGAAUCAAAAUGUUAGUGUAGCAUUUUUGGCCCACUGAGGCCAUCUGUGUGAGUGAAUGUGUGCGUGUGCACUAUCAAAACAUUUAAGUGCAUAUUUCAAAGUGCUUCCUAAUUUGUUUUUUCUUAUCCAAAGGGUUUCACUUUUUAACUGAAAUGUAGCACAGCUCACUGUAACAUUAUAAAAGCCUCCCAGGCCAUAUGUUUCUGUUUGUAAUAUGACAUUAGUAAAAAUAAUUUUCAAAGCGUGUCUAGAAAGUUCAUGUAGAUGCACCUAUGUAAGGCAAAUACUAUAAAUUAGAUUAUUUUUCUAUUUCUAGAAUGCUCAUUAUAAUAAAACUGUUGAAUUCCUGUUUGGUAGAUAGUGCUGCUCGUAUGAUUUACAAAACUGAUAACUGUCAUAUGUGCACUUAAGUACCUGAAUACUCCAGUACAUAUUCUGAUGAAUUUUUAUCUAUUACUUAUCAAAACAUUAAUUUGCACUUAAACUAUGAAACAUACAGAGCUACUACUUUCUUGAAAUAAUAUUUGAAAUGCUUCACUGUGUAGUUGUUUGAAAAUAAAUCUUAUAUUAUAAGUUUAUAUUAUCCACCCAGUAGCUAACAUGCAGCCACUUUGUUUUGUUUUGUUUUGUUUGCUCCUCAUUUACAGUUUGAUCAUAGUAGUGUUAUCAGUAUGUCUCUUGUAUUUGUUCCUACAAAAAAAGACUGUUUUGGUUAUUGUUAUUAUGCACUAUAAAAUACCCUUUUGUACUGUGGUUAGUAGUUGUUUUAAAUAUGGUUGAUGUUUAAAUUCUCAGCCUUAAUUAAUGAAAUUAUGAUAGUCAUGCACAAGAUAGCCUCAGGGGAGACUAUAUAGUGUGUAUGUAUGUGGACGUGUGUUUCUGUGUGGGAACAAGUCUCAUCUCCUUAUGGUCGUCUCUUGGUUAAGAAAUGCGUUUGUUCUCAGACGUUGCCAUGAAGACUUUUAUGGAGUCAUGUUGUCCGUACAACUAUUUUAGAACCUUUUGCCCCUAUUGAACAUUAGCAUGAGUAGUCGCUCUAAAGGGCUGCACCUAAAGUAUUAAGUAGAUGUAAGGUUUUCAUUUUGAGGACAAUCACUAGAUGAAAUAAUAAAUUAGUUAGUAUAGCAGUAUAAAUAAUUGCUUAAAUACUAGAUAUUCCUGAUUACAGCACGACUAAAAGUGCGUGCCACUCUCAGUUAUUUUUAAGCUAGUAUGAAAUUAGUUUAAUGUUUAUAUUUUAGGCGGGGGGGGGGGUUCCCCAAAAAAAAUAUAAAAACAUGACAUGUUCGGAUUGUGGAUAUUUGCCAAAUGAACAACUGAGCACCAGCCUCAAAGCUUUCUGGAAAGUGAAGAAAGGUUAAUGAUGCAUCUAGUGUUGAAGCAUAAUUAUUCAAACAACUGUUUGUAAAUACAUGAAUGUUCUCUAUAAUGUAAAUGUAUACAACUUACAUCUAAUAACAUGUUAACCAAACAGAUCAUUUGUAAUUAAUGUUAUUACUCACUUGAUGUUAUGGCACGUGUCUGAAAUUUUGGUCAUUAAAAUACUAAGUUGCCAUUCUUA